CUUAAAGUAGCUCUUGUCAGCACAAGUACUUACCUUCCUCAGUGUUCAUUACUCACAUCAAAAGAGGAAAAAAGAAAAAGAAAAUUUCUCUUCAAGAAAUGCUUUGAUUCCUCUUCUACUCUGCAUUUAAAAGUGGACAUUACAACACUUAUCUUUCUUUCAUAAGUAAACACAAAGACACAAGAAACUAGUUAGUUGUGCCAUUUUUUUAAAAAUAAUUUUUCAACUCCAUGGCACUUAAAGAUUGGAUCUUUUUGAGCUUCUUGGUCAUGAAAUGUUUUGUUGUGCUAAAAGUAGAGGGCAUGGUGCAAGAGAAGGAGGAUGCAACUAUUCCAAUUACAACUCUAUCACCUCCUGAAGGCAACACAACAUUCCUUGGUGGCACAACAUGGUGUGUGGCACGGGCCGGGGCUCGACAGUUUGAUUUGCAGAAUGCAUUGGACUGGGCUUGUGGAUUGGGGAUGGCGGAUUGCAGGCCCAUCCAAACCGGUGGCCCGUGUUUUGAGCCCAAUACACUUUUAUCCCAUGCUUCAUUUGCUUUCAAUACCUACUAUCAACAAAAUGGAAAUUCAGAUAUUGCUUGCAAUUUUGGAGGAACUGCUAUGUUGACUAAAAUCAAUCCAAGUCAUGAAAAAUGUAUUUAUGUUACAUCCAGUCCCAGGAUUGAGAACAUGAAGUCUGAAGCACCUCCAUUUCCCAAAGAAAGGUUAAGCAUUAUGUGGUGGAAAAUAGCUAUGAUUCUUCUUCUAUUGUACUCAGGAAGUUGAGAUGUAAUUUUGCUAUAUGUAAAAUUAAAUUUAAAAAAAGACCACUUUUUUGUUUGGGAGAAAGUAGAGGGGGGCAUAAUCAAGAAGAGAUACUAUGAUUAAUUAAUUAAUUAAGAUAUUUAUAGCUCUUUGGGACAUUCUUGGAGUGGUUUAAUUUCUUAAGUAUAUUCCUUACUCUCUUGUUGUAUUAAGCAUCUCAACCAUUGAGAAGAAA